CUCUCUCCCUCUUUUCUCUGAUCCGUGAAGCAUUCUCAGAUAUAGAAAUGGCCCUGGCAGUAGCUUUCCUUAUACUCAUCGUGGCAGCUCCGGCUGCUGUUUUUGGAGUUGAGCACACUGUUGGUGAUACCAAGGGCUGGGAGUCAGGUGUAGAUUAUGCCGCUUGGGCCUCCGGCAAAACCUUCACCGUCGGCGACACUCUUGUGUUCACCUUUGUCGGUAACCAUGAGGUGGAUGAGGUAACCUCAGCAAAUUACAACAGCUGCAGUUCAAGUAAUUCUAUCGAGGACUAUAGCGAUAGCCCCGCAAAAAUCACCCUCUCUAAAGCUGGUCCACGCUACUUCAUAUGCCCUACCCCAGGUCACUGUUCUGCUGGCAUGAAGCUUACGGUCGAUGUUGUAGCGGCUGGCACCCCAAGUACCACGCCGGCUCCACCCACCACCACGCCAACGACACCAACCACCACCCCAGCGCCACCAACCGCCACAACUCCUUCGAACAAUGACUCGCCGCCUCCACCACCGCCACCACCCAAUAACUCACCAGCGAGUAGUCUUCAUAUGAAUUUGGUUGGGGUUCCACUUGUGCUAGCAACUUUGAUUGCGUUUAUGUGCUAGGGAGGAGGCAGUGCUAUUCAUUAUGCUUUUGUUGUUGGACUCUUAAUAAUUUGACCAUGUGCGUGGUGUAAUUUGUUUUGUGUGAGCAUACAUGAAAGAGGGUAGAAUCCUUUAUGUUUAUAAAAUAAUUAUUGUUAACUCAAAUUGAAAUUGGAAUCUUUUUUAU